AUGGGUCUAUCAGCGGAAAAAUUAGUCAUUGUCACUAAUGAAAAUGAUAUUCUGGACAGAUUCUUAAAAUCUGGAAUAUACGAAAGAUCUGAUGAGGUUGCCGUUACUUUAUCACCAGGUAUGGGCAUUUUUAUUUCUUCAAAUUUCGAAAGAUUAUUAUGGUUCUUAGCCCGUGGUUACUUAGCAUCUAAGUACGAUUUGAAGGCUGGUGAGAUUGUUACUGAUUGGUUCCAACAAUUGAAGACCGAAGGCAGGCUUCAAGUCGGCUCGGUUGCUAUUAAAGGUGUCUUAAGUGACUUUGCAUCUGAAAAGGUAUCUGACUCUGAAACUUCUGUUUGGAAACAGUAUAAUAAUGAUAACAAAAAUGAGACACUGUUAAAUAGCUAA